AUGGGUGAUUUUGAAGCAAUUGGUAAAGCUUUCAUUGAUUUUUAUUAUAAAAAAUUUGACUCAGGUGCACGAGAUGAAGUAGCGGCGCUUUAUGAACCAGUUAAUGGAAUGAUGAAUUUUAAUCAUUCAACUUUUGCUAAGGGUGCUCAAGCUAUAGGUGAAAAAUUACGUUCAUUAACAUUUCAAACAAUCGCUCAUACAAUAUCAACAUUAGAUAUUCAACCAACAUAUGAUAAUUGUAUUCUAAUUGUUGUUACUGGAGGUCUCAAAGCAGAUAAUGAUCCACCAAUGUCAUUUACUGAAACGUUUCUCUUACGAUUUCAUAAUAAUUCAUGGCUUGUAAUAAACAAUGUAUUUCGACUUAUACUUCAAGGUUCACUAAGUGUUAUGGAACAAGCACAAUUAUUAAAAAGACAAUAUCGCCAACUAUACAAACGUCAAUAUCAGUCAAUCAAAAAAAAAGACAAAUGUCUUCGUUUUACAUUUCCUAUUACGUAUCCAUGCCCAAUGAAAUUCAAGCGAAGGCGAUCAUCUGUCAUUAGCAAUUCUUCUAUAUUAUCUCAAUUAUCAUCAUCUUCUUUUCAACAAUCGCUACAAAAACAAAUGAACAAUCAAUUGUCAAAUACUAUGAACCGAUUAAGAUCAGCUGUUAGUAUUUCAUUUAUUGAUGAUAAAAGUGGUGAUAUAUCAAUAAAUAAAAUUCCGAAAAAACCUCAUUCAUCAUCGUUACUUAAUAAUCCAUCUAAAAAUAUAUCGACUAAUAAAACUCGUUCAUUCAAUGCAUAUUUAGGACAACAUAUAUGUCAAUUAUGUGGUUCAAUAUUGUCGAAUGGUAUAUGUUCAUGUAUUGUUCAAUAUUUGCUAAAAUUAAACAAGACUAAAGAAAAUGAUAUUCUCGUUCAACUCAAUGACAUAUUUGAGAAUCUUACGAGUAAUAAUAUAAUCACGUAA